UCCAAGUCCUCCCACGACUUGAGCCAAACGCUACAUAACAAUUAACAAGACUUGAUUCGCAAAACAACGGCCACCCCAAGCUCCGUAGCAUUUUAGGCAUUGGGGAGCACAAAUUACUGAGAAAACAUUAUUAGAAAUGGCGGGACAAGCGUCAGCGUCGUCGUCGUGUAUCUUCUGCCAGAUUGCCAGCAAAUCCACCUCCACUACCUUCCUCCACAGCGAUGAGAAGGUCCUGGCGUUUCAAGACAUUAGCCCAGCGGCUGUCAGGCAUUACUUGGUGAUUCCUGUGGAGCACAUUCCUUCUGUAAAAGAUCUCAAGAGGAGAACUGAGGACUACUCCUUAGUAAGUCACAUGUUAGAGGUAGGGCAAAUGCUAUUACGCCGAGAUGCACCUCAGAGCACGCAGUACAGAUUUGGCUUUCAUCAACCUCCGUUGAACUCUGUUAAACAUCUACACCUUCACUGUCUGGCGCUACCAUACACACCCAGAUGGAAAUCUAUAAAAUUCUUGUCUCUGGGAUCCCUUGGGUUUCUUGAAGCCGAGAAGCUGUUGGAGAAGCUGAAGCCUUUACCACCCGUUAUUUCAAAAGUGUGAUGCUCUUGUAAUUGGUUGGCUUUAUACAAACUUACAAAGUAAAGAUAUGGCCUUUGGCAAUUAGGUUGGGUAUAAUAUACAUUUCUAAUGUUGUAAGUUUUUGUCUUGUUCAAAUAUUUGUGUUCUGUCGUGUUGAAUAAAGAUGAUGUGUAAUAGCAUAAUCAACUCCAUAUGGAUAUUCCUAUUUAUCAAUACUUGAUAUUCCCAUUCCAA